GAGAGGAAUCCCCCUGUUCAAACAAAAGCAGUUGUCAGGGCGUGUGUCUGCCUGGCGGCUCUCUCAGCUCAGACUUAUCCGUGGCUGUGAUGCUGUAAACACAGCGGACUAUAUUCUUGCAUAUUUGAGAAAGGAGUGUCAAUUAUUUUUGUAUGGCUGCUUUUUCACAUUCGGCAUCACUCCAAUUGGAGGAGUUCAUCCCAAUCAACGUGAUUGAAACGCGCUUGCAGUUUUCCAGGAAAUACAUGUUCAUUUGUCCAUUCUAGUGGGGACAACUUGGCCACAAAUUGCCAAGAUGCUAUCAAUGGAAUCAUCUGCGGGGAUUUGGUGACGCGUUUGCAAUAUGACAGGUCAGGCCCUGAGGAAACCUGGCGACAGGGCUCCUGUGGAGGACAAUGCCGCCAUCCGCAUCAACGUGGGUGGCUUUAAGAAGCGUCUCCACACAGACACGCUGUCUAGGUUUCCAGAGACACGGCUGGCGCGCCUUCUCCAAUGCCGGUCCAAGGAGUCCAUACUAGAGCUGUGCGACGAUUACGAUGAUGCAGAAAAAGAGUUUUACUUUGACAGGAAUCCCGCACUUUUCCCCUACGUGUUGAAUUUUUACAACACGGGCCGGCUGCAUGUCAUGGCCGAGCUGUGCAUCUUCUCUUUCAGCCAGGAGAUCGAGUACUGGGGCAUUAACGAGUUUUUUCUCGACUCCUGCUGCAGCGGCGCCUACCACUGUCGGAAAAUGGACCAGGACCGAGAGGAGUGGGAGGACAAGAGUGACGAAGGAAGCACCACAUCCUCAUUCGACGAGCUGUUGGAGUUUUACAAUGAUGCCACAAAAUUUGACAAGCAGCCACUGGGGAGCACCCGCAGGCGCGUUUGGUUGAUGCUGGACAACCCAGGCUACUCGGUGGCCAGCCGCGUUAUCAGUGUCUUCUCGAUCCUGGUGGUGCUCGGCUCCAUUGCCACUAUGUGCAUGAACAGCAUGAGCGAGUUCAGCCUCUUGGACGCUCAGGGGCAGCCCACGGAGGACCCCCGCUUUGAGAUUGUGGAACAUUUGGGCAUCGCUUGGUUCACACUCGAGCUGGUGGCCAGGUUCGCGGCGGCCCCGGACGUUGUGCACUUCUUCGAGCUCCCGUUGAACCUGAUCGACUUGGUGUCCAUACUUCCCUUUUACUUGACACUCGUCAUCAACCUGGUGGUGGAGAGCAGUCCGGCGCUGGCCAACCUGGGCCGCGUCGCUCAAGUGUUGAGGCUCAUGAGGAUUUUCCGCAUCCUGAAGCUAGCGCGCCACUCGACCGGGCUGCGCUCCCUGGGGGCCACCUUGAGAAACAGCUACAAGGAGGUUGGCCUGCUGCUUCUCUAUCUUGCGGUUGGGGUGUCGUUCUUCUCUGUCAUGGCGUACACGGUUGAGAACGAAGACAGCGAGGACCUGUCCACCAUUCCGGCGUGCUGGUGGUGGGCCACGGUCAGCAUGACCACUGUGGGUUACGGGGACGUGGUGCCCUUGUCGAUAGCGGGCAAGCUGACAGCCUCAGCCUGCAUCCUGGCGGGGAUUUUAGUCGUAGUGCUUCCGAUCACACUCAUUUUUAAUAAAUUCUCCCUGUUUUACAAGAGACAAAAACAGCUGGAGAUCGCAAUGCGAAGCUGCGACUUCGACGAAGGCAUCAAAGAGGUGCCUUCAGUCAACCUGAGGAACUAUUAUGCGCACAAAGUCAAGUCUCUUAUGGCCAGCUUGUCAAACAUGAGCCGGAGUUCACCCAGUGAGCACAGUCUGAAUGAGUCAAUACACUGAGGGUGGUCCUUCGGAUGCCUGCGUGAGGACCUGGACCAGGAACCGAAGCAUUUGGUGUCAAAGCCCCAUUAACUUCCAUCUUGUAACUCAAGGGUUGUGGGAAAUUAGAAACACUCUCCAUGGGGAAUUGGAUGCGUUUUGAAAUUAUAAUCUGGAUAAUAUGGAAUUUUGAGAUCAUUUAAAAAUGAUGAAUUUCAUGCAAUAAUAACAAUGAACAUUUGUUUUAGAUGUUUUUAUUAUCAGUCUUUUCCAGGACAUUGCUUUGUUUCCUCAGCUCAAAUUCUAAAAAAAAAAAAAAUACAGUGAACUCGGUGUGAGCAGAUCUGCCCUGGAGUUCUGAGGUUCUGGGUCUGAAUCUUGGCUUCGGUCUUUCUGUGUG